AUGUCGUCAGCUCUGCAGAAGCUCGAAGAGUUCCUUCGGUUGAAUCCAUCUGUCGAUUUCAUUCGCUUUCAAUGGGUCGAUUACUCUGGUGUUUUGCGUGCCCGCUUCGUUCCCACCUCGCGUUGCCUCCGAAUCGCAAACGGCCGUUCGGCCAUGUGCUUGGCACAAAACAGCAUGAUUAUACCCAUAUCCACAGCUCCAGUCAUCUUUUCUCUUAGCGAUUAUCAUGAGACUUGGAAUCUGCUACCGGAUUGGUCUUCCUUGCGCAUUUGCGGAACCAACGCCAACCACGCAACGGCCAUGUGCUUCGUUGACCAGAAGGACGCGGAGCUUGAAUUCGACAAAUGUCCUCGCACCAUGCUCGUUCUAGCUCUGCGACGACUAGAGCGCGAAUGGGGUGCAAAGGUUUUGAUCGGCUUCGAGAUCGAGAUUGUACUACUAGACGACAGCAACAAUGUCAUUAAACCGAUGGACCGACUGAAUGGCUACUCGAGAAUCGCUGGUCUACGUGCUGAGACGCUAGAUCUGGUCGAAGAGAUUGUCAGCGCCCUGAAAAAAGCUUCAAUCGGUGUCCACCACUUCCAUGCGGAAGUCCGGGACCAGCUGGAAAUUGCUUUAGCCGCCGAGCCCGCGCUGGAGGCCGUUGACUCCUUGGUCUUAGCCCAAGAAAUCAUCCGUACAAUCUGCGUGCGUCGGAAUUUGAAGGCCACCAUGGCCCCAAAGCCCACGUUCGCCGGACCAUCCAACGGACUGCACCUUCAUCUCUCUCUGGCCAAGGUCGGCCGUGCGUCCGCGGACCAUUUCCUGGCAGGCGUUCUCAGCCACAUGGGCUCGCUCUGCGCCUUUGGCAUGGCAAACUAUGACAGUUACGCUCGCGCCGUAAGUGAUGCGGCAGGAGCAUGGAUCGGCUUCGGCACCGAUAAUCGCGACUUGCCGGUGAGGAAGAUUGACGAUGCGCAUUGGGAGUUUCGGAUGAUGGACAGCACCGCAAACCCCUACAUUUUCACUGCAGCUGUGCUACGCGCUGCUAUGGACGGCCUUGCGAACAGAACUGAGCUGACUUGGCGCGAUUGCAAAUUCUUUCCGCAUUUGCUGGACGAAAAGAGGCGGGCACAGUUUGGACUGGACAAGAGAAUGCCAGCCACACUCAAAGAGGCAUUAGAGUGCCUCAAGAAGGAUACUGCUAUUGAGACCUGGAUAGGAGAAGAAGAGGAUCUCUUGAAGUGGUACAUAUCUGUCAAGGAUAGAGAGGUCGAGGAGUUUGGGAAGAUGGCCAACGAGCAAAGGAGACUUCGCUUUCUGGGGUACUUUUGA